AUCAAUUUUAUUGCUAAGAUUUCAUAUACUACAUUUGUUUGAUGUUUCAUAUGUGCACUUACCAGACACAUACAAGAGAAAUGUUGGGAAUGUUUUUGUUCUUGUAUACUACAUGCGUUUUGUGAUAUACCUUUAGUAAUUUUUCUGGCACAUUUACUGUUCCUCUUUGACAUUGUGGUUUCUAGAGUUGGGCAAGAGGUGGAAUUAUCUCAAGAAUCAAAUCGUACACCUUUCCAAAGCCUGGCAGCAAAAAGUUCCAGACACCUGUUGGUCCCCCAUCUGAUGACCAAACACCUUUUAAUCCUUAUGUACUGCAAAGGGGAAGAGGUCUAAUAGAAGCAGAGAAAGGUGAUCAGAGAGAGGCUUUACCCAUGGACACUGAGGUUUAUGAAAGUCCGUAUGCUGAUCCAGAUGAAAUUAAACCAAAAAAUGUCACUCUUGACAGAAAAUUGUUAACCCUAGAGGAAGGAGAACUUGGCUCUGGCAACUUUGGCACUGUAAAGAAAGGGUUCUAUAAGAUGAAAAAGGGGGCCAAGCCAGUGGCUGUAAAAAUUCUUAAGAACGAGAGUAAUGAUCCAGCCAUAAAGGAUGAGUUACUGAGAGAAGCAAAUGUAAUGCAGCAACUGGACAACCCAUAUAUUGUCCGAAUGAUAGGUAUAUGUGAAGCAGAGGCCUGGAUGUUAGUAAUGGAAAUGGCUGAACUUGGGCCACUGAACAAGUUUUUGCAAAAAAAUCGGCACAUCACAGAAAAGAAUAUAACAGAACUUGUACAUCAGGUUUCCAUGGGGAUGAAAUAUCUGGAGGAGAAUAACUUUGUACAUAGGGAUCUGGCUGCGAGGAAUGUGCUAUUAGUCACCCAACAUUAUGCCAAAAUCAGUGACUUUGGAUUAUCUAAGGCUCUUAGUGCUGAUGAAAAUUAUUACAAGGCACAAAGUCAUGGAAAAUGGCCAGUCAAGUGGUAUGCUCCAGAAUGUAUGAAUUUCUACAAAUUUUCUAGCAAAAGUGAUGUCUGGAGCUUUGGAGUUUUAAUGUGGGAAGCUUUCUCUUAUGGGCAAAAGCCCUAUAAAGGAAUGAAAGGCGGUGAAGUUGCACAGAUGAUUGAAAGAGGAGAACGAAUGGAACGUCCUGAAGCCUGUCCAGUGGAAGUCUAUGACUUAAUGAAAUUAUGUUGGACGUACAAUGUUGAUGACCGACCAGGAUUCGUUUCCGUGGAGCUGCGAUUACGGAACUACUAUUACGACAUUUCCCACUAGCCGUGUGAACAGCAGCUUGCCUUUUUUCAGCAAAGAGAAGCAGUUCAGAUUCUGAAACUAAGUGACUUAUUUUUGAACUGUCACCUUCGCCAUAUAAAGUUCAGACCUAAGCUCUAUUUGUGACAUUGCCUUUGGUUUUUUUUGGCUUUCUUGCGGAAUAUCAAGCUCCAAAGUAGAGCAGCACAACAUAAAUGCAGAUGCAUAGACUUCCAUUACGUUCCAUUUUAUUUACAGCUUUAUUGUCUUCACAUUCUUCUGUCAUGUAAAACCUAUUUAAAGUCUUUCAACUCUCUUCCUCUUACAUAUUUGAGUGCAGAUGGGGAUUUAAUUUUUUGUUUUUAAUAUUCUUAGCUCUCAAAUUGGAUUGUUCCAGCCUUCUUCCUGUUUGAGAAAGAAUAGCAUAAACAUUUUUCACUGUAAAAAAAAUUCACUGUGAUAGUGUCGGUCACUUUGACUGACAUUGUGUUUGAUUUUACCCCUACUACUUUAUAACCAAAUUGUUUUCUUCUUGUUAGUAACAUUUGCAGUCAGGAGCUGGGAGAUGUGAAUUUCUAAAUGUAGAAAAAUAAAAGGAAUCAUCAACUCCAUUAGGUGUUACCAGCUCCUCUCUUUCCUCAUCUCUUGUGGAAUCCCCAAAUGGGAAUUACUUUAUUAAUGGUAAAACCAAGGAAUUCAAGGGCUUGCUCUCACCUUGGGACAAAAGACUAAAGCAAUUAGUCUUCUAACCUGAAGUCCAUCACUGCAGUUCCUGAAAAGACAAUUGCGCUUCGAAAGUUGAAGGAGCAGCAAUUUUCCUUCAUGUUAUUUCAGCCUUCUCUAGAUACAUCUUUUACAUUGUCUUUGGAUAUAUCAAAGCUUCUUGUGUUGUAUUUUAAGCAGAACCAUAUCUUUUUCCAAACCUUUCUUCAAAAGCAUAUGUGGUUAUUCAUCACAGCUUAUAACUUCUGAAUCUCAAUUUCACUCCCAGCUCAAAUAUUUUGAAGUAGGCUCAUGGAUAUUCACUUUACUUUUGCCCUCUCCUAAAUUCUAGCAUUAUUAAUCCUUGUAAACAUCUCAGAAAAAGGUGUCUGUCUUACCAUAUUUUUUGUGAUGCUCCAAGCAGAGUUUCCUGUACCGUGUGGGUAUAGCAGUGAUAAUAUAAAUUAUGUAAUCAAUUUCUGUCCCCAGUUUUCACUUGUAUGUAUUUUUGUUCAAUCUCAUUUUAAAUGUUCUAGAAAUUAAAAUUUCUUCUCUGUGUUCCCCACAAGCAGCUAUUUGAUAGGCAGCUGUGUAUAUUUCAGGAGUCUACUAGAUACAGAGAUUUUAGAGAAAUAUGAAAAGUAAGAUUUAGAGUUAGAUAUACCUAUUGCACCCAGAUAUUUGGAACAUAUGUUUUUAAUUGUUAUGUGAACAGGACAUUCUUAGCAAUGCAGUAAUAUUUUUGGGCAUUUACACCAAGAAAGUGAAAUAAUAUGAAUAAAAUACAGCUAUAAAAAUGUUGGAUUUACUGUGAAGCAGUGUAUUUCUGAUACUAAUUUUAUGGUUUAUUUUAAAAUAAAAGCCAAGUGAUUUUGGUAGUUUAACCAGAAUCCAGUGCAAGAUACUUCAGAAAGUACUUCUACUGAAAGAUACUGAGUAUAAAGGUCACGCUUUAAAUGUGAUUCAGACAUGACUUACCUUGUUGAUGAUUUCAUUUUUUGAUUUAUUUUUAACAAACAUUUUUCUACAAGAACUGCUGGUGUAGAUGUUGCUUGUGAUUAUAUAUAGCCAUGUUUUAGCAUUAUCUCUGUUGCAGAGAAACUGUCAAGCUCUACAUGUGCAAUUAGAACAUUCAUGGGGAUAACAGUUGCAAAACAGUUGCAGAAAUCAAAACCUAUUGUACAUUCAGUGAGUGACAGCACUAUUUCCCUGCAAUAUAUGCGUUUAAGUUUUACCACAUAUAAGAAAGGUAAAAAAAACUGGAGGAUUAGUUCUUCCUCUUUCUUUGCAGCAAAUGUCUCUUUCUAGUUACUUAAUUGUUCUUAGCUUCACUAUUCUGUAAUUACAUUAAGAAUAUAAAAUAUUGUGAAAUAACUUUUAAAACUGAGAUUAAAUGCAUUGUUUUAGAAAAUACGUUGUUUUAACAAGAAUUAUUCAAAUUCCUGAAUUUGCUGCUGAUGUGCAAAGCUUGUAUACUUGCUGAAUUGCUGUGAUUGUUGUGGAACACUGAAGACUUCCUUAUUGGCACAGGCUAGUACCUGGCAGAACAGAUAAACCCACUAAUUCCCCAGAAUCUUUAAAAAUAUGCAUUGUUUUUACACCUAAGCCUUUCCAAGAACACUGCUUUUCAAUGAUAUUGUGCUGGAUCUGGGAAAUUAGAGGUGUUGAGAGUCAGUGCACUACAUCAGUUAUCCAGGGAUUUCUGCACCGUGUCAGGUGUCAGCCUUGCAGGAUUUAAUGGCGCAUUAUACACAUGAAGACUCUCUUAGAAGUGGAGGCAACUGUUUUGGAGUUCUGAAAUAUAUAUAGGUUCAAAAAAGUGAGCAUCUGAGAAGGGCCUCUGUACAGGCAGCUGUACAUGGCACUGCCAGGAGGUGGCAAUACAUGAACGCUUUUAGGCUGAUGUGCUUGCAUGACUGUUGCAGGCAGUCUGUCCUGUCCUGGUUCUUGCUGUGUCAGUGCAGCACAGAAGAGCUUGCUGAUCUACUUACUGAUUGAUGCAAAGCAAAGCUCCACAUGAGUAGAGUUUGUGAAUGAUUUAUACUGUGAAUGAUUGGUUGUGGAUAUUAGCAAAGUAUUUCUGAAGCUCUUUGUGAUCUUUUCACUGUAUGUGAUGCUGUAAAUGGGAAAUUGCAGUAGCACACUACGGAGUACAUCCCACAGGCACAUGGAAGGGUGUGAGUGUGGCAUGGACUGACAGAGGACUGACCAGGAAUUAAAUGGACACAGCCUGAAGAUCAAUUAUAAUAUUGUUUAUUGAAUAUUUCACAUACUUUUUUAAAGGAAAAAGGCUGUAGCUGUGUUGAAUACAAAGGAUAUUAAGUCAGCAAUUAAAAUUAACAAUUUUACAUUUCAUGAGGACAAAACCAUUGUAAAUCAUGCAGAAAAUGAUUA